AAAGAAGGAAGAAAAGGGGGGGAGAGAGAGUUCAUCUCCAUUCUCCACCACCCACCGAACGUUUCAACAGCAUUGUUUCCCGGCGAAACAGAGGGUUUCUUGUUGGGGUUUGGCUGAAAAAACCUGCAAAUUUUUCGUUAUUUCUUUAAACCGACAACAAGGGUGGUGAAAUUGGUGAGAAAGGAAAGAAAGAAAGAAGAGAAGAAAACGGAAGUUGUUGAGUUGGUGGGUUAGUUCGUGAUCAGGUCUUCUGAGGAUAGAAGAAGAUCUGAGGAUCAAUUUGAACAAGAAUGAGUGCAUCGAGGUUCAUAAAGUGCGUCACCGUUGGCGAUGGGGCUGUCGGAAAGACAUGUCUCUUGAUUUCCUACACAAGCAACACCUUUCCAACGGAUUACGUUCCAACCGUAUUUGAUAAUUUCAGUGCCAAUGUGGUUGUCAACGGUAGCACUGUUAAUCUAGGCUUAUGGGACACUGCUGGACAGGAGGAUUACAACAGAUUAAGACCGUUGAGUUAUCGUGGGGCUGAUGUUUUCAUUUUGGCAUUCUCGCUCAUCAGCAAAGCCAGCUAUGAAAACGUCUCCAAGAAGUGGAUUCCAGAAUUAGAGCAUUAUGCCCCUGGUGUCCCGAUCGUGCUUGUUGGGACAAAACUCGAUCUUCGGGAUGAUAAGCAGUUCUUCGAAGACCAUCCUGGUGCAACUCCCAUUACUGCUGCUCAGGGAGAGGAGUUAAUGCAGACGAUAGGAGCUCCUGAAUACAUUGAAUGUAGUUCAAAAACACAGCUCAAUGUGAAACAAGUUUUCGAUGCUGCAAUCAAGGUCGUGCUGCAGCCUCCAAAGGCGAAGAAAAAGAAGGGAAAAGGUCAAAAGGCGUGCUCGAUAUUGUGAUUAAAAGAGACCGAAAAUAUCUUGUUGAUUUGGGUUCAUUUUUCAUCAUAUGUUUGUUGAUUUGUAUUUCUGAUCUUUUAACUACUCGAAGAUCAUAAUGUACUAAUCAUGUAGUUUGGCCAAGAAUUCGUAUUGCAAUGCUCUUCGGUCUUCGCUUUUGUGCCUUUCGUGUCGGCUGGUUUUCGUUGGUUUGCUGCAGAUUUAUGUUACGGUUUUCUUGGUCUUGAAACACAGUUAAUGCCUCCUUCGGAAAGCCUUCGCCGUGUAGCUUAGGGGCUGUUUACCAAAUUUUUUAUUGAGUCAUGUAUGGAUAAAUUU